AUGGAGGGUGUAGUAAGCACGUCAUCAGGGCAGGGACAGAUUUCACCAUCGAAUAAUGUCUGCGAGGUCCAACAGAUCGAUGCAGAAGGCAGAAUGCGUGCAGUGCUAACACGAAUGCGCUCGGGGAUACCCGAAGCCAAUAGGUCUGACAUUGCUUUUGAAGAAGAGGCAUUUAUUUCCCUCUAUAAACGUUUUCUAGACAAAAAAUUAGCAUUUCUCUUGACUGGACCGAUAUUGAACAGAUUUAAAAACUACGAGGACAUCGUCAUACCAAAAGAAGCAGACAUUGUGGAUGCUCUCUCUCACUUGGUAGUCAUUAAGCUGGGUGGGGGACUCGGGACAAGCAUGGACUGUUGUGGACCCAAAUCGCUAAUUCCUGUGAAGGAGGAGCGAACAUUUUUGGACUUGACAUUGCAACAACUUGAGGCCCUAAACACAAAUUAUAAUUUGGAUAUGCCCUUAGUAUUGAUGAACUCAUCCAACACACAACAAGAAACAGAUGCCUAUCUUAAAAAAAAUGCCGAAAACGAGUACAAAGAUUUACACAUUCCAGCAGAACAGGCAACAAUAACUUGUAGCAUGUCAUCUGUGUUCGAUGAAAUUGCGAUUCUUUUGCUUCUCGGCGCUAGGUUCCCGAGGCUGAGUGCUGAUACAGGUCUGCCGCUGGCUGAGUCCAUGCAACUGGAACCAAAAAACUACUAUGCCUGGUAUCCUCCAGGUCAUGGGGAUGUCUACCGAUCCUUUCAAGAGUCCGGUCUAUUGGACAAGUUCCACAAUGAGGGCAAGACCUGGCUGUUCAUAUCCAAUAUCGACAACCUCGGUGCUUCACCGGAUCCGACUAUCCUUUGUUGGUUGGAAGAACAGCAGUUUGAAUUCGUCAUGGAAGUAUCCACGAAAACAGUGGUAGACCGUAAAGGAGGAACGCAGGUUUACUAUAAAGGUGGACUGCGUCUGCUUGAGGUUGCUCAGGUGCCAAGCGAGCACACGGCGGACUUUCUCAAUGCCAAAAAAUUCAACAUUUUCAAUACCAACAACCUCUGGAUCAAUCUGAGGGCUCUCUACAUAAUUCAACUGGAAGAGGCGGCUGGGGCAGCAAUUAAAAGCUUUAACAAAUCAAUGGGGCUGAAGGUUCCACGUACUCGUUUCCUGCCGGUCAAAAUGACAUCAGAUUUUCUGCUUUUGAGAUCAAAUCUGUUCACCUUGGUGUUUGGCAGUCUUGUUAUAUCUCCACGGCGCCUCUCAUCGUCAUUGCCCAUUGUUGACCUAGACCACCACUUCCAGAGCGUCCAGGACCUCCAACUGCGAAUACCCUUUGUUCCCAGUAUGGUUAACCUCUCUCACCUUACCCUCUCUGGUGAUGUCCGCUUUGGUCCAAAUGGCACGGUGAAAAUAAUUGCUAAAGACAAAGAACAACUCGACAUUCCAGGCGGAUCCGUUCUUGAAAAUAAGGUGGUGACUGGAAGCCUGCGUGUGACGAAUCAGUGA